AUUCUUGUUAUGAUUUCAACAUUUUAAGCAAUUUCUACAGUAUUGUUUUAAAAAAGGUCAAUUUUUAUUUUAAAUUUAUUUCCUUUGGAUUAAGGAUGGAUCGUGAGACUUGCGUAAAAAAUACGCAACGAGAAUAUCCUGAAUUCGUUUGCACAGAACGUAUCAAAUUUCGUAAGUUGCGAUCACAAAACAUCGUUCAUCGGCUGCGUAAUCGGGAGAUGGGCAUCAGAGUGAAGACCCCUCAGCACUCGGUUCGGGAAUUCUAUCAGAACAUCUAUCCCAAUUUGACUGUUGUCAAUGUUGAUAAGCCACCGUGCUAUUUGAGGAAAUUCAGCCCCGAUGGGCGGUAUUUAAUCGCGUUCUCGUCGGAUCAGGCUUCGCUAGAAAUUUACCAAUACCAGGGUUGUGCGGCUGCUGCGAAUCUUUUCCGAGACUGGGAAACACCGGAGGUGAUCCUCAACGAUGGAACCGGAGGCCGAAGCUACGAGAUUCGGAGUCAAAUAUUUGACAAGCUGUUCAAGCUAAGGCACACAGUUAACAUGGAAAGCCAUCAAAAUCAACUGAACCGCGAAUGCAGCCUGUUUACCAACGAUGGGAAAUACGUGAUUAUUGGAGCUGCAUCAUUCAUCCCGGAAGAUAAUCAUCCUCGGUUUUACGAAUUGUACACAAACAAUGAAGCUAUAAAGCCCACUGCCAGCUGUCCGUUGGAAGAUUACACACUCUACAUUAUAGAUUUGCACAAUGGACGUAUUUCCGACUCGAAGGACUUUAAUGUCGACAAAAUAAUACUGUCACAUAAUCAGGGCGUUUACCUUUACAACGACACGCUAGCCAUUCUGUCGAUUCAACACCAAACGGUUCAUAUCUUUUCGAUAGCUGAAGGCACAUUCAUACUUGAACGAACGAUAGGUAGGUUUUGUUGCCCAGAUGAAGGAAUGCUGUACAGUAUGGGAACGUCCGGAGGUAGAACAACGGGGAACAAUUCAAACUUGCGAGCGUUUCGUGAGCCAACGAUCAAUAGUCUUAAGCAUCGUAUGUUGGUUUUUCUAUUCAGACAAGCGCAUAUUCAGCAGUCGAUUGGUGAGGAUAGAUUUGCGCUGAGGAAAUUCUAUCGUCGCUUCGAUGAGUAUCGAAACCUCCGAAUGUGGAAAAUGCAAUUACUGGAUGAUGAUCAUCUGUUGAUCAAAUAUUCUAGCGAGGACGUAGUUACGCUGAAAAUCCAAGAACCAAAUAUUCACAACAGCCUGUUUGUGAUUUACAACAUCUGGAAGAAUACGAUAAUAGGAAUUUACGGCAAUCAAUCCCCGGAGCUUCUGUAUCUGUAUGAGAACUUCUGUGACAGUUUCAGGAAUGCCAACCUGGCACAUCAAACGCAAUUUACCUGCUCGCUAGCGAACAACAUCUACAGCAAUCUGCUUCAUCAGCGUUUUAAGCAAACGAUAAUCGGGGCCCGUGGCGGAGGAGUUCAAGAGGCCACCAAACGGAUCCUGGCCGCCCUACCAAUCAGUGCACAAAGCUACAGCAGCUCUCCAUACCUGGACCUAAGUUUGUUCAGCUACGACGACAAAUGGGUUUCGGCAAUGGAGCGACCGAAAGCGUGCGCCGAGUUUCCCAUCCGAUUCUUCGCCCGAGACUCUGGCUUGCUCAAGUUCCGAAUCUACGCUGGGGUGCAAAAUCAACUGCCGAGCUCUGGAUCGAGACGGCUGGUGGCGUUCACGUUCCACCCCACGGAACCGUUUGCAAUCAGCGUCCAGCGGAUCAAUACGGAAUACAUUGCCAACUUCCACAUACGACAUCCGGGGGCACGGAUGAUAAGGUGAUGAGAGGAAAGCAAAAUUUUAUCGGUAGAGAGUUAUUUGUUGACUGAUAGUAUUUAGUAUUAAAGAUGAUGAUAAGAGUUUUUUAUACCUAGCAAUAAUGAGUGACAAGAGUAUAAAAUCAAACUUUGGAUAA